AUGAGUGAUGAGGAGAUUACUUACACAACUGUGAGAUUCCAUAAGUCUUCAGACUUGCAGAAUCGAGAAAGGGCUGAUGAGACACAAGGGCCCAGAGAAGCUGGCCACAGGGAGUGUUCAGUCCCGUGGCACCUCAUUGCAAUACCUCUAGGAGUCCUUUGUUCCAUUCUGCUGGUGACAGUUGCAGUAUUGGUGACACACAUUUUUCAGUAUAGUCAAGAAAAACAUGAAUUGCAGAAAACUCUAAAUAAACCCCAUCAAGAGAACAGCACCAUGCAAAAUGACAGAUACUUAACUGAAGAAAUGUUGAAAAAUAAGUCUAAAGAUUAUGAUGCCCUCAAACACGAUCUGGACAUACUCAACAGAACAUUGAACAGAUGCUACCAGGAAACUAAAUUUGUUUUAGAUUCCAAACAGCACAGAGGCACACAGGUUAAAGGACACUGGUUCUGCUGUGGCAUAAAAUGUUAUUAUUUCAUCAUGGACAAAAAACACUGGAAAGGAUGUGAACAGACCUGCCGGGACUGCAGCUUAUCCCUUUUGAAGAUAGAUGAUGAUGAUGAACUGAAGUUCCUUCAGCUCCAAAUUAAGCCGAACACUUACUGGAUUGGGUUUUCAUAUGACACAAAAACAAAGAAAUGGCAAUGGAGUGACGGUGGCCCAUCUAAACUUGACUUGAACACAGCAAAAUUCGAUCUUAAUACUGGAAGAUGUGCAUUUUUAUCUAGAGCAAGACUGGAUAAUGAUAUCUGUGAUCAAUUCUACCCCUGUAUCUGUGAGAAGAGACUGGAU